AUGACUCCUUUAAAGGUACCUACCUCGGUUGCACCCGUUAUACCCACCCCUACAGUAUUUACGGUACCACUAGCGGUACCAUCGGCAUACCCGACACCUACUCCGGUCGAGCCCACGGCGUACCCGACACCACCGCCACCGAUGCCUACUGCACACCCGACACCCGCACCAGCAGCAGCAGUUGCUCCACCUCCGGUACCACCACCCACCGUACCUCCAGCCGCGCCCACCUAUGUUGACCCUGCAGUGCCACUAGUGGCACCUGCCCCAGCCUAUGCAGCAGCACUGGGGAUGCCUCCCCCGGCCUAUCCAGGGGUAUCACCUGUAGUACCAACUCCAGUGGUUCCGCCAGUUCCUGCAGCCAUCCCUACUCACCUCACUGAUAUAGUUGCGGCACGAGCUCGGCUCCCAGCUUUGGCAGAGUUGAUGAAAAGUCGAUUCACAGGACUGGAUGGACAUCUGCAAGUAAAGCUUGCCGAUUUUGGGAGUUCAUCCUAUUUAAAGACGUUGGACAAAGCCCUCAUGAUUGACUCAGCUCAGCAAAGAGCGUUUCUAGACAGGAAAAAGAAGCAGAUGGGUUAG